CGCCGCCAGACCGCCUGCACUAGACCUGCUCCGCCGCCGGCUGCCGCCACCGCCGCAGCACUCUCACAGUGCACUUGCACUGCUCCCGAGGCGGGUGCUGCUACUGCUGCCGCACUGCCGCCGCCUCUACCUGCACUUGCACUGCUGCUGCUGCAGUGCCGCCGGCCGGCGCUGCGUGUAUAUUCGCAGCGUGCCGCGCUACUCUACUUACUUACUCCCCGAGGUGCGCCGCAGCCGCAUCUCACUGUCCGCCGCGCCGUCGCCGACGCCACACCAUGCUGCUCAACACCAUGUUCCUCCUCGUCGUGGUGCUCGCGACCAUCGCGGUGGUGCAGGCCGAGUUUGCGGCCUCCACCGCCGCCACCCCGGCCAGGAUGUUCUCCGGGGACGCCGCCCUGCAGUGCGUUGGGGAGUGCCGGCGGACCGCGUUCGACGAGGACCUCAGGCGGAGCGACGACGGCGGCCUCGACCUCCAGGACGACCUCAAGGCCAACGUGACGGCCAAGGCCGACGACGACCCCACGCACGACAAGCUCCCCGACAGCGCCGCCCGCAUGACGGAGGACCUGGACGAGGAGGACGACGACGAGGACAAGGCGGAGGGCGCCUUGGCGGAGGGCCGCGCCACCCGAGCAAAGCGCAGGCAGAGCCUCAAGAUUCGCAAAGUGGACGGCGCCGUCCUGCAGAUGCUGUUGAUGCUCAAGAUGAUGCCCGUCAUGUUCAUCUCCACCAAGGUGGCCAUCUUGUCGUUCCUCGUGCAACUCAAGUCCCUCAUGCUGUCCGUCGUUUCGGCCGGCAUUGCCGCGGUGCAGUUCUUCUGGAGGUUCCAGGAGAAGCGGCAAAGAGCAAGCCUGCAGGCGACGCACGCCGCAGGGCUGGCCGCGCAGCAGCAGGCCGCGCAGGCUGGCUGGACGGACGAACAUGGCUUGUGGCCCGACCGCAGGAAAUACAUCUCCUACUAACGGCAAUGAGAGGGGGGACUUUAUACAUCGAUUAUUUAUUGGGGGAUAGCUUUAAAUUGAAAUAAUGUUGAUCAAGAAAUUCGUGGAACGUCUGUGUGGGGUAUGGGUGAUCGUCACUUUGUAAGACUCCCAAGCCACAUUUCGUUCACGCCUCCUUGAAGGGCGGAUCACUAGACGUUAUUCUGCCAGUUUAUUAGGUUAUAAAUCAGUUGUAACGUGCCUGGUGGGAUAACUAUUUAUUGCAAGGUAAAUUUUCCUUUUGCACGAGUAUUUCCAAAUUGUCCUUUAUGACGUUGACUGUCUUGCUUUUAGUGCUAAAAUUGAUCCGCCCUUACUCUCUAGUCAGAAUUAUUUCAUUGUUGUACUAGUAUUUAUUUCUAGCGACUGUCGCUUCAGGUGGAUUUGCAUCAAUCCGCGGGUAGCGGUGGUUUCAAAUUUGUCUAUGAUUUCAAUGCCUGUACUUCUAACGUGUUUACAUGAUAUUUGUAAGCUAAAAUAUGCAGGAAUGCUGCACAGUCGUUUCGGAGACAAACCGUCAGAAUAAGAGCACUACUUUGUUGUGGUGGUAAAAUAUCACACUUUACUUGGGAUGCAGCUUAUUUCAUAAAAAGAGAGGAUGUAAAUUUAGGUAACGAAUCGUAUGCACAGCUAGGGAUGGUUUCCUAAAGCAAGCUUCGAAAUACACUAUUUAUUCGUUCCAUGUAUGUUAAAUCUAACACCAGCUAGCUUUGAAAGAUGUUAAACGUUCCAUGUAUCUUCACUCUGACACAAGCAAAACUAACACGGUUUUUGUUGGAUACGUUAAUCGCUUAUGGGCUGCCUCAUUUGUGUGCGAAUUUUCAUUUCCUUUGUCUGCAUUUUGCACGCCAGGUAUAGUAACUUAUUCAAUUCCUUUGUACAGUUUUUGUACGUGGUCUUAGACAAUUUUGUGCGUGCCUUUCGUUUCUUUUUCGCAAUUGCGCAGGACUUCGUACUAUUCUGCGUACGAAUUUGUACAAUAAACUUUACAAAGUUGUGUGAGACCACGUGCAAAAUUGUACUAAUGUAUUUAUUUAUUUAUUGUGUAGAUCAUUUCAUUGAAUUGGCAACUCGCAGAAAUGCUGUCCUCACCACAUUUGUUUAUUUAUUGUUCUUGCAUAUCCCAACUGACGGUCUAUUUAACACUGUCAGACUUUUGUUAGUGCUAAGAAUAUACGAAUAUUCAUUUGAGUGUGUUCGGAUUUCUAGAAAAUUCAUCAGUAUUUUGAAAACAUUUUUGAUUCCACUUUGUAUUUUGGCGUUAGCGGUUGAGAAUAUAAGAUCGCUCGCGCUAGUCUUCUCCUUUCACAGAGCUGUUAACUGCCUUGAUUCCUGCUUCUGUCACUUCUAUUUUUUAAACAAUAUGUUCAUGAUGAUAGACUUGUAGAAAUUAACUCCACGAAAGGCACAAUGAUAAAGAACUGUUUUCAAGCCGA